AUGUUGACGCGAAUCACGGAUAACGGAUCUGUCUUAGAGACAUUCGCAGUGGCCAACGGUGUGAAGCAGGGAUGCGUGCUGGCGCCAACCCUCUUCAGUCUUAUGUUCUCUGCUAUGUUGAUAGACGCCUACCGUGAUGAACGUCCCGGGAUCCGCAUCGCUUACAAGACAAAUGGUCACAUCCUGAAUCAACGGCGGAUGCACUUCCAAUCGCGCGUAUCCACAACCACCGUCCACGAACUUCUCUUCGCCGACGUCUGCGUCCUGAACACCACCUCGGAAGAGGAGAUGCAACGGAGCAUGUACCUUUUCUCUGUCGCCUGCGAGAACUUUCGGUGGUGA